GAAGUAUUUCCUUCUGAGAUACUGGAGAUACUGGAAGAGAAGUGCAAACUUAAACAAAAAGAAACAGAGAGAGUGCCAGUAGUUCUUAUCUCUUGUACUAGAGCAAAUGCACUCCCUGCAUCUCUGCAGAUAAGGAUUAACACUUUCAUGGAGCUCAUGUAAAAAUAAAUUCUUCUGCUUACAAAAACAAUGUAAUUAUCCUGCCACUUGCAUUCAUUCGAAUAAAGAAGGAAAUGCCAAUGUUUAAUCUCUAAUUUUCUUGCUUUCUUUAGUCCGUCACGAUGAUUUGGAAAUUGAUGAUUUGUAGUGCUCUCUUCCUUGAAGCACUCACAUCUCCGACUCCAUCUUCGCCCACCACUGCCAGCUCUGACAGAGGCCGCUGUCACAUCUACAACUCUGGCCGCUCUGCAGACUGUUUGGGAAGACAGCUCAACAGUAUCCCAUGGAGACACUUUCCAUCCACACUGGAAGACAUAGAUCUCUCCUACAAUAAACUCCAAGCUGUUCAUGCUGAUGAUUUCCUCCACCUCCCUCAGCUCCGCAUCCUUCAGCUGCAAUUCAAUAACAUUUCACACAUUGACAAGGAUGCUUUUAAGAACAACGAACUACUGGAGCAUCUUGACAUCUUCAAUAACUCCCUGCAGGAAAUUCCUGCCACAGCUCUGACUCCUCUCAUGAAUCUGAGAAAGCUGUACAUGUCCAAUAACCUUUACAAACAUGCUACUUUGGCUGAUAGCUUCUCCAGAUUUGUCAAACUCCAAGUUCUGUCUAUGGGCGGCCCUCUGGUGAUGGGUCUAAAGAAAGGCGAUUUUAAGCCACUGAAGAAUAUCAGGUUGCAAGGUUUUGCUAUCAAAUGUUCCUCCAAUCUGAGUUACUACGAGCCUGGAAGUUUGGAAGACAUCCAGACCAUGCAGAUGGGCUUUGAUAUGGCCAUAGAUCAACUGCCAAAUGCUCUUCCUCGCAUGCUGCUUGACCUCGCCAACAAGACCUUCAGCGUCAUCCAGUUCCGCAAUCUCUUUGAGUUCAUGUACUACAUGGGCAAGGAGGACAUUUUCCAAGGUUUAAAAGGCAUCACAGCCCAUCAGCUCAUCUUCCACAGAGGUAAAUUUAAUGAGAAUCUCCUCAGGAUGGCUUUAAUGAACUUACAAGUUGCCCCUAUCAAAAACGUGAGACUUCAGUACAUCGACUUUGCCCGUUCACCCACAUUUGUCGAUAAUGGAGAAGGAUCUAGCAUCACAGACCUGGUGCUGGAUAAGUUGGAUCUUUGGUAUAUCAGCAACCCUGAUGUGCUGCGAUUUGACUGGCGCUUCACCUGGUUCAACAAAAUCAAGCAAUUGUCUAUUCAACAUGUGUACUUCAACUCCGUGCCUUGUGACGCCUGGGUCGAAAUGGAAGGUGUGGAGGUUCUGGAUGUCUCUGAUAAUCGUCUACAGAAUCAGUUUCUCUUUAACCAGCUGUGUGAUUACAAGGGCACCAUGCCAAAUCUUCACACCUUCAAACUGAGCACCAAUGAGCUGACCAGUUUAAAAGACUUGUCGUCACUAACAAGGGAGUUCCAGCAGCUUCAGGUGUUGGAUUUUAGCAACAACAAACUGGGAUCUGCUGAAACCAGUCGGGACUGCGUUUGGCAAAAAAACAUAAUUCGGGUUAUUGCUCAUCACAAUAACUUUGUAAGUGAAGCCGUCCGCUGUCUGCCCACCACAGUGCACUACUUGGACCUGUCCUACUGUGACCUGGACCAGCUGGACAUGACAUACUUUGAGAAAGCAACCAACCUGAAAGAGCUCCUGCUGAGUGGAAAUAAAAUCAAGUUCAUCCCAUCUAAGUGGAAAAGUCCGUCACUGCGGUCACUAGCUUUGGAUGGGAAUUCGUUUGAUCUUAUUAGCAAGAAAUCUUUCCAGGAGAUGCCUCAACUGUCUCAGUUGAAGGCAGGGAACAACCCUUACCAUUGCUCUUGUGACCUUCAUGCUUUUGUUCAGGACACAUUGUCAAAGGGUAAAGUAAACCUCACAGACUGGCCUUGGAACUACAAAUGUUACCACCCAGAGGCCCUGCUCAACACAGAGAUAGCCAACUUCUUCCCAGGCAAAGUUGCAUGUGAUAUCAGACUAGUUAUCAUCAUCUGUGUUGCAACUACAGCAGCUGUGAUCUUGAUAUUGAUGCUGAUUUGCUAUAUUUUUGACCUCCCGUGGUACACUAAAGCCACGUAUCAGAUCAUCAGGGCCAAAUACAGAGCUCAAAAGGAAAAAGCAGCAGGGGAACCAGAGACUUUUACCUUUCACGCCUUCAUAUCCUACAGCCACUCUGAUGCAGACUGGGUGAAGGAAGAGCUCUUGCCCUGUUUGGAGAAUAACAGGAACUCCUAUCGUCUGUGUAUACAUGAGAGGGACUUCAUGCCGGGACGGUGGAUCAUCGAUAACAUCAUUGACAACAUUGAAAGCAGUCGAAAGGUAAUAUUUGUCCUCUCCCGGCACUUCGUUAACAGUGAAUGGUGCAACUAUGAGCUGUACUUUGCACAGCAGAGAGCAAUGGGAAAGACUUUCAGUGACGUCAUCCUUGUGGUGAAGGAGCCUUUGGAUCCUAAAUCUUUGCCCAGCAAGUACUGCAAGCUGAAGAAGAUGCUGAGUACCAAGACGUACCUGGAGUGGCCCCAGCAGGUCAACCAACAGGCGUUUUUCUGGGCACAGCUGAGAAGUGUGCUGGGCAAGCCAACAAUGACUCGAGAGAGGGGGCACAGUGUUAAGAGCAGAACCUCAUCUGUGGGAGGCGUUUCUGUGGUUGGGCCCCCCAUAGAGGAUUGGAGGCCAGAAGCAGGAAAUCCGAAUGUGGACAAAGAAGCAGAAGCCAAAAACGAAAGUAUGAAUAGGAAUAAUGAUGAGCUGUCAAAUCAGAGACACAUCCCUGUGGUGGCACUUUGACAAAAAUGUUACAAAGUGAAGCUUUAACUUUUCUUCAGUACUGUCUUGGUGAAGGAUUGAACUCAGAUAACCUUUUGUUUGUGGGUUAUACCAAAAGCUGGGAGCAAAAGCCAACAUCUCAUUAUGAUGACAAUAACACGAAACCCUGCCUGCCUGUGGCAUUCUGUCAUGUUAUCCCCGAGGGCCGAGCUGAUGCCCUCUGCUCCGCUCUCCCUCUGAGCAUCUCAGGCCGGAUGCCCAGCUGACAGCCGCUGAAAGGCCACAAACUCAGCGGCUCGAAUGAGAUCUCCCAUGUCGCACUCUGGAUAACAAGCGAGGUGCCAGGAAGAUGUGGUGACAGGAGCCACAUUGUGAAAAGGCCGUGUUCUGUUACAUUCCUGGCCAUCAGGUAUGAGAUCAUGAGUGUUCAACUCUAAUGUUCCAGGGUCAAGUCAAAGGCCAUCACAAGGGAAUCUUGGUGGAUCUUUAGAUUCAGCACUCGAGCUAGCUCUUUAAGAAAAUGUGGAUUCAUAGAAAUCCAGCACUUUGUAUUUGUAUCAGUGCUUUGAGAGAAUUUUCCUUAACCUGUUCUCAUCAUCAUGCUUGGUUAGAUCCCCUUGCCAUCACUUUUUAGCACACUGGGUGGCGUCUAUCCUCUAUGGUUUUUAAACAUGAUGUUAACAUUAAGUUUAGGAGAAAAAUUGAAAUACAAAUACUUACUUUUACGCAAACCAUAAUCUGAGUAUCCUUUGUACGUUCAGCAGUAUAUGUGAAUAGGUCAACACUGACCUUUGUUUGUGUCCCAUAUCAAACCAGUUCCCUCCUGGAUGAAAGUUAUGCAUUGUAUUGUGACCCAUACAACCCCCUUGUCCUCCUCACGUUGCCGACUAUGUCACUCUUUAUACUAUAUCACCUGACCUCCGGAGCCCUGAGGGUCUAAUAUUGCUGCAGAUAGGUUACAUUGGAGUUAAAAAGCCAGCUGUGUUUUAUCCGGUCUAAAUAAUAUCUAAAUAUUAUCCGGUCUUAAGUCUAAAUGGUGUCACAUGCAUCAGUAAUGUCUUAUGUUUUCUUCCCUGUAUUUAACAGUUACAUGUAUGGUCAGGGAAUCACUCAUUUGAUUGCUGCCAAAUAUCUUUCUUAACUUGAUAAGAAUGUGCUGCAUGCCUUAGUCAUGUUGAGUCACUGCUUUCAGAGGUGGUCAGCAGCUGCUUUUUGUAUUUUUUAAUUGAUGGAUUUGAGUUGCAUACUGUGAUGAUUCAUGUUUCUUGAAAGCAUUUUUAAAAAAUGUAAACACAAUUUUUUUUUCUAAAUGACUUCACCCCUUUCAUGUUCAGUAUUUAGUCAGUAUUGUGUAACAGUUUAAGAACAUUCCCUUCUCAUCUCUCACACGUUUACAUGAGGCCAUUUGUAGAGUUUGCAAAUGGCCAGUAGAUGACACCAUUGAACUUAUUACUUUCAGUUUGAUGUCCCAGUGAGAGAGAGAGAGGGGGAGAGAGAUGUAAAAUGCACUGUGCAAUAAAUGCACUUUCCAAAUAUAAAGGAAGCUGGCAUGAAAGACAACAUAUGUUUAUUAUUUAUGCAGACACCUAGUAUGUCUUUACUGUAUUUCUGUAUUCUUUGCCUGAGUUAUUAUGUUUUAAAAAGGCUGCAUUACCUCAUUGCCUCAUUUGUAUUACUUUUAAAAUGCUGGACAUUAAUUAUUUUCAUUUUGAUGUAUUAUUGUGUAAUCAAAUAAAAUAUAACAGUUUU